CAAGCAUUUUUGCCAAAUGUAAUCCUGGCGAAGUAACUUGCCGCGUCUCGGGAUAUCCACAUGUUGUAAUCGUUUGGCGUGGCCCAGUGGACGCAGACAGACAUUAUAUUCCAACUCCUAUUGGUGCAGCAAAAUAUUACGAUGGAAAAUUACACAAUAUUCAAAACACCGUUUUAAAUGCUUAUGGGGUGAACGGACCAUUAGCUCAUUCAGUUAUUCGUGCGCGAAACAGGGAUGUUAAACCGGAAUCUUGCGUUCCGCUUGAUCUGAUUCACUCUUCUGAUGUUAACCCUAACGAUCUGCCUGCUGGUUUCACCAAUAUAAGUCAGAUUCCGCCAGUUCUCUUCCGCUAUAAUUCUAUGGAUUCUAUGCUGUUCAUGAUGCGAUCAUUCGCUGCUACGCGUUUUGGUUCAUACCGUCCGCGAUCGGGCUAUAGACGUAUGCGUCAAGUUCGGCAUGCUAUAAUAUACCUUGCCGUAAACGAAGACAAUAAUUUUCCGGUGCAUUAUCAUUUUGCUGUAGAUGUAAAGUGA